UGCCAUUCAGUGUCCAGCGCGGCGGGACGUGCGCCAGUUUGCCUUUUACCAGGAAAGCCAGCCGUCGCCCCGGAAUUGUUUGCUAUCCGCAAGGCUGAUGCGCGCUUCUCUGUCCUGGGUGGAAAAGCUCCUCUCCCAUUAGGACAUUUUUAAAGUUAGAAAUAAAAAUAAUAAAAGAACAGGCGGAGACUGAGCCGUGACUCGAAUUGGCUACAGGGCGGUAUGAAUUUAGGAUUAACUUUACAGGACUCAGAGCACAUCCUAGUAUUGCUGUCAACUCUGGGCUAGCAGCAGAUCGCAUUGAGUAGCCUAGCUGUUAUGAAAUGUGCGAGAACUGACAUCUAGCGGGAAGUGUGAGAAUCAGCCAAAGAACUUAUCCUGGAGCGGGAUGUUUCAGCGGCUGAGAUGUGGAGCCAACCCAGGACUGGACCUCAGCACAGCGCCCCCAAAUGGAAGUGAGAGCCAGUGACGCUCCGUCUGCCACCUAACACAAGCUACUCUUUCGAUUCUGCUCUGGACUGAGCGUCAAUGGACUUCGAUGGAUUUCAGAAACCAACAGGACCAUGGUAGCCUGACGCUCCACAGCAUCCCCUGGGGAUCCUGCUGUCUUCUGCAUGGAUUACCCGAAGCAGCCUGAGAAGGACCUAUGGAAUCAGGAGCAGUAUCAGUAGCGGGGUCAUCGGCAACCCCUACAGUGAUGGCCAGCUUAGCGGGACUCUCCACGAGCGCCCAGGGGGCGGGUUUGCUCAGGAUGACCUCCGCGGGGCCGGCUAACCAUUCUGUUAGUCUCAAUCAGAGCUGGAGAAACCAGAGCUCGAACACCUCCAACCAGGAGGGUGUCACCAGCGAGAAGAACUGGCCGGCCUUGCUCAUCCUGGUCAUCAUCCUGCUCACUAUCGGCGGGAACAUCCUAGUCAUCAUGGCGGUGUCGCUGGAGAAGCGACUUCAGAACGCCACCAACUUCUUCCUGCGCUCGCUGGCCGUGGCUGACAUGCUGGUGGGGAUCCUGGUGAUGCCAAUCUCACUAAUUACCAUUCUGCAUGAUUAUGUCUGGCCUCUGCCGAAUGCCCUCUGCCCCAUCUGGAUCUACCUGGAUGUGCUCUUCUCCACCUCCUCCAUCAUGCACUUGUGCGCCAUCUCUCUGGAUCGAUACGUGGGUAUCCGCAACCCCAUCGAGUACAGCCGCUUCAACUCGCGCACCAAGGCCAUGCUAAAGAUCACCGUCGUCUGGACCAUCUCCAUCGUGAUCUCCAUGCCAAUCCCUGUCAUUGGGCUUCUCAACGAGGACAAGGUGCUAGUGAACGGCAGCUGCGUGCUCAAUGAGGGCCGCUUCGUCCUAGUGGGCUCCUUCGUGGCCUUCUUCGUCCCGCUGGUCAUCAUGGUGGUUACCUACUGCCUGACCGUGCGGACGCUACAGCGCCAGGCAAGCGACUUCCUGAAUGCGGGCCGGACCGGACCCUCCCCGCACCCCACGGGGGCCCGGCCCAAGCGCGGCGCCCUGUUCUGCCUGAGGGGAAAGCUGUCCCACGGAAGCACAGCUUGCGAGAGCGUAUCCAUCAUCGCCAACUCCAACGCCCCGCCGCAGCUCGACUUGCCGGGCAGCCAGGACCCGGCCAGAGAACGGGGCAUGAUGCAGGCCAUCAAGAACGAGAGGCGGGCCUCCAAGGUCCUGGGCGUGGUCUUCUUCCUCUUCCUGGUGAUGUGGUGCCCGUUCUUCAUCAUCAACGUGGCCAGCGUCCUGUGCCAUGGGAUCUGCAAUGAUGAUCUUCUGAAGGAGCUACUGAACGUCUUUGUGUGGGUGGGCUACAUAUCGUCGGGGGUCAAUCCGCUGGUGUACACCCUCUUCAACAAGACUUACCGCCACGCCUUCUCCCAGUACAUACGUUGCCGCUACUCCAAGGGGCGAAACGGGCACCUCCCCAGUCGCCACCUCUGCCCCUCGCCCUUCACUGUCAAUCCAGCCUUGCUCCGCUCCAACACUGAUGUGGACCAGAACAGCAGCUGCCAAAAUGGUGACAGCAAUACGCUGGGCGCUCAGGAGUUGGACGACUCAGAUGCGGCACUGGAGAUGCAGCCAGGGGCCUCAAAAGUACCCGUCAAUGGUAAUGACACCUCCAGAGAGCACAUUAGUCAGAUGUGAUUUGCUUUCAACUAUGGACCUCUGGAC